AUGGCUCUGCAAUCGAAGAAUAAAUUUGUUUUCGUUGAUGGCUCCCUUCCAAAGCCGGAUGAGAAUGAUCCCACUCAUCAUGCCUGGGAACGUUGCAAUACCCUUGUAGUCUCUUGGCUCCACCUCUCUCUCAGCCCAGAUAUACGCAAUAACGUCAUUUCGAAUGGUGUCGCUCACAUCAUUUGGGAAGAACUCAAAAGGCGCUUCUAUCAAGUAGAUGUGUUCUACAUUGCUGAACUUGAAGAAGACCUCUUCUCAUUAAGACAGGGUGAUCUGGAACUUACACCCUAUUUCACAAAGUUGCGAGGAAUUUGGGAGGAACUCAAAAUUUUUCGACCCAUCCCUUCAGGCGUUUGCAGCACCAAUUGUCCAUGUGUAUCCACGACUUGUGGUUAUAGAGAUGACACAUUUGUAGUUUGCUUUCAUCGUGGCUUAAACGAGCAAUAUUCAACUGUCCGAUCAAGCAUCAUGCUCAUACAGCCAUUGCCAUUGAUUGACAGCACCUUUUCAUUCCUUAUGCAACAUGAAAGGCAAAUUCUUGGGACUGAUUUGGUGGACUCUAAACAGUUGGCAGGAACCAAGACAGAGAUGGCCGCGGUGGCAGGGGCUGAAGUUAUGGAGGACGAGGACACGGCAAACAAUGUUCUUUUUGUGACAGGGAAGGAUGCUGCACAUGAUGAUAAGCAUGAUGAUUUUGUUGAGCUCUAUCUGAAAGAUGGUGGUAGUUCAUCAACCUUCUUCACUCAAGAUCAAAAGCAAGCCUUAUUAGCUCUCCUACAACAAAAUGUCUCCAUAACUUCCCAUACUGUGAGUCAAGUCUCGCAUGCCAUAGAAGUCCAAUCUCCUUUUAAAGGUAACUCUAUGAAAUGCACUCUUAAUUCAUCACAUUACACUGGUUCCUGGGUCAUUGACACCGGUGCCACAGUUCAUGUCACUCAUCACAUUACUGUAUUCCACACAUACAAAGCCAUACGUCCGGAUUACCGUACAAUGAAGAGGAUUGGAGUACCUGAACUCAAUGCAGGGCUGUAUGCACUGCAAGCAAAUUCAUUAGACACUGCACAACAUCACAGCAUCCCCUCAACAACAUCUGCCCCUCACUCAAUUUUUACAGCCACACACACCGCUCUCACACAUUUCACCAACACCACUUAG